AUGGAUUUUUUAACACCACCUAAUUUAAAUGCAGAUGUUUAUAGAAACAUGACAAUAACAGAUAGGCCACCUGUUUCUAAUAAACACUUACAGUUUAUCAGUAUUUGUAAUGAGAAAAGUGCUAUUCUUGGAGGAAGUAAUUUAACAGAUCGUUAUUGGAGUGGUAAUAUCUGGUAUUACAGUGAUAUUACAAAUUUUGAUAGAAAUAAAACUUCUCUCCAAAUAAAGGCAGAUAGUGGUGUUUGCGAUGGUAUUUUCCUACAAAGUGACAAAUUUGUAAUUGGUGAAGAUAGUGGAGCUUUGGAGAUUUUUGAUUUAUCUGCAAAACCUAGCGAUUCAGAAGAAUUACAAUGUGCAGGAUAUGCUGCUUUACACGACAACAGCUUUAUAAAAGUAUGGGACAUAUCAGAGUUAAUGGCAACAUAUUCAUUUGGCUUUGCUCAUACAGAUAUAAUUACUUGUGUUGAUGCUAAGCCUGGAAGUGAUACAGAAUUUGUGUCAACAUCGUAUGAUUGUGAAGCAUUAAUGUGGGACAUAAGGCUAUCAAAGCCAGCCCAAAGUAUUCUAAAGAGAGAUGCUGGUUUAACAGCGAUAUGUUGGAGCCUCAAACAAUCAAAUAUUGUAACCAUAGGUACCGAUGAUGGGGAAAUUAUAAUGGUUGAUAUUAGAAAGGGAGGUGUAAACGUAUUAUCAGUAUCAUCUGCAUUUUCUAGACCUGUACAUAGACUCUUAUUUAAUCCAAAUUCAGAAAGGAUGGAGGAGUUAGCAGCAUGCUGUGAUGAUGUUUAUGUAGAAGUGUUUGAUAUAAACAAUCAGUUUUCAUUAAUAUACAAAGAUGAUCGUCAUACUGACUUUGUACGUGGUCUUACAUGGUUUGAUAACCAUUUAUAUUCUUGUUCUUGGGAUAAUAUACUUUUUCAUUUUGGCACGUUCUUCUGCAGCUUUAAGUGUUCUUGUUAAUUCUCCAAAAUCAGGGAAAGUAACUACUUCUGCAAGACCUUCUUCAACAAGAGCAAUAGACAUAUUGAUAUCGUUUACAGUUAACCAUCCAAUAAAUCCACUUCCUUUAGUUUCGCAAUGUUCUCUAGUGAAAGCUAAUACUUUCUCUCCAUAUUCAUCCGCUUUAACAAUACCACCACCUGGCAAUGAUCUCUGGCAUCGCGGAGUUCUUAUUCCGGCCAGGACAAACGUAAUUAACUGAUCUUCUUUUGGCAAAAACAGUUUUAGACGUGAACCACUCGUAACAAAUUCAACCACAGCUUUAAUGCCUUGCGCUCGUUUAAGUGAUGUUAAAAAUGCUUUUGCCUUUGAUGGAUCAUUAGAAAGAUCUACUAAUCUAUGUACAGGAAUAUCCUUCUUUGCAUGUAAACCAUGUUGAGAUUUUUCUGCUUUGCUUUCCGCAACUUGUAACAAGUUAUAAUGGGAUGAUCGUUGGUCAUCAUUUUGUCUAUAUUUAAUAACUCGUGCUAAACCACGUGCAACCAAAGCUUCAGCGAUGUUCCUAAAGAAAUAUUUAUAUUAUAUAAAAUAACUUGAAGAUAUUAAAUAUUAUAUAUUAUUAAUUAUUAUAACAUACGUUUUACCGCAAGUAACAGUACAACAUAAUUUUUCUGGGAAAUUGUCUCUAGCAGGUUGAGUAUAGUCAACCACUAUUUUUACAUUUUUCCUAAUAAAUUUUUCACGUAAAAAUUCACGCGCUUCUAACAUCCAUGGAAUAUCAUAAAGUGGUUUAAAAUCUUUCUUAAUUGCAUUGUUAGGUUCUUCAUUAGUUUUUUUUUCUCUGGACGGUGGUCGAAUACUGCUCAAAAAUACUUUCUUAUUUUCUCCAUUUUGGGUUCGAAUUAUAAGAGCAUCUGCAUUUACGAUUUCGACAACAGUACCGGUAAACUCAAUUUGUGGACCCGAUGGUUUAUAAUCUUUCCACAAACGUAAUCGUGCUUCCUUCGCAGCUUUCUCUGCAAGAUAGAGUUUUUCUGCACCAGCUCUACUAUUAUUAAUUGACCAAUCUUGGCAUUUGGCAAAUCCCUCAUUCAAUAAAAUUUCGGCAAUAUUUCCUGUUCGACAUAACACAAUUUAUGAUUGCAUUUACGUAAUCAUAUAAGAUUUAUUUUUAAACUACUAACCCUUUGGAUGAAGAAUGCUACCAAUGAAAUUAUUGUUAUUGACAGAUUCAAGAAUUAUCUCAACAUCUCUAUGUAGAAGACGGGACUCUACAAAAUAUCUUGCUUCAUCUGCAUAAGGAUCGCCUAUAG